AUGCAGGCGACGGGCUCCACGAUCUCCCGCUCCGUCGUGCAGGACGCGCAGUGGAAGCGCCAGGGAGCGCGCGCGCAGCUCCGCACCGUGGCAGACCUGCCGGCCCCGUUCGUGGCGGCUCUGGACGCCGCCGAGGCGCGCGCGUACGAGCGCACAGCCGCGUUCCACGGACGCCGGGCCUCCUUCGUCGUGCUGAUCCGCGAGCUGUACGCGCUGCUGGACGCGGGCGCGGCGCAGGACCGCCGCCGCGUGCGCCUGCUGCUGCAGGAGCUCGUGCAGCGGCUGCUGGACCCCAACGGCGACGCGGUCGGCGGCUUCGUGGCGGCCGAGCGCGAGACGUUCCUGCGCGUGGGCGGGGACGAGUGUCUGCUGCGCGUGCUGCACGCGCUGCGCCAGGAGGAGCAGCAGGCGGCAGCCGCGGACAAGCAGCAGACGCCGCCGCUCUGCGCGCGCUGCGACGUGCGCGCGCUCUGGGAGACGCCCGUGCCCGUCGUCGUGGCCGCGGGCGCCAAGAGCGGCACGGACGCGUCGCUGCGCAAGCACAUCCUGAACGACGCCAUGGCCAUCCUGCGCGAGCUGUGCUACUUCUCGGUGAACCUGGCGCUGCAGCUGUGCGACAAGGACGGGCUCGUCGUGUAUUUAUUCCAGCUCAUGGGGGACGUGCGCUUCUUCGACAACGCCUCCGGGCUCGUGGAGGAGAUCCUGGCCGUCCGGGAGGAGUCCUUCGACCUCAGCCGCAUCCCCAACUUCCACUCCAUCAUGCAGUCGCUGAGCUCGAGGCAGCUGGCCUUCUUCUGCCGCGUGCUGGCGCUCGUCGUGUUUGAGCCUGAAGACCGACGACUGCUGGAGACUGCGAAGGUGAUCAAGUCACUGGAGCUGCUGAAGCUGCGGCGCAACCGUAUGAUGCGCGCCGACAACAUCGUCGACCGCAACCACGCUCUGAUCUUCAACUCCCCGCUAAUCCUGCAGCGACUACUGCGAGUACUGCAGGUACAGAACUUUUACUUCACGCUCAACCCGGUGUACGAGCCGUUCUCCUCGGAGCUGGCGACUUCCGCUGAGUUUGCAACGCUCCUCUACCAGACAAGUGACCGGAGCGACUGGGACACCAUUGACCGUCUCGUGACCCAUCCGGCAAUCGGGUCGUCAGGAGAUCUUACAAUCCUGCACAGGCAUCACCAAGCCAGAGCCGCUGCGGCGGCUGCAGCCACUUCUGGAGAUCCGAACUCGACUUCAUCGUCACAUCCAGAGCAGCACCCGUUCUCUGUGGAGACCGCCAUCCUUCGCGACCUGAUCUUCCGUAAUCGUUCGCCAGACCAGCGAGCUCGGGAAGACGCCGAAGCGCAAGUGAUCAUGAAGUCGAUCGUCUUGGCGCCAUACCGCGUGGAGGUGCUUUUUGUUCUGUGCACCCUGCUGAACGGCAAGCGCAAGGUCGAUUUCCAGGAACGGCUGGCGGAAAUGGGACUCGUCAAAACCCUCGACACCAUGUUCGACAAGUUUCAGUGGACAACAACGGUGCCGCCCAACCCAGCGCACGAGCCUCUGCAUGGGCCUGGCUGCGACUGCAGUCUGGACGCCUCGUUGAAGAUUCAGUUCCUUCGACUGAUUCACAACUUCUGCGAUCGCGACUACAGCGACAAUACCAGCAAAUUGUUGUUGCUCAGCGAACACGAGGUGCAGCUUAUGAAUGAUGGAGGCUCUACACCGAUCCACCUUGAUCACCCAAACAAGGGGCUUUUGUCCAAGAUUAUUCAGGCGUUGAUCGAGCAGCCUGUAGACUCGAUCUAUCGCUUCUGGCUGGCUUCGUGCGUAGAAGCAUUUUUACGGCGUGCGGCUCCCAGUGAACAGCUUUUCGUGGCACGGACUCCCCUGCUGCAGGCACUAAUUACGGAGAUUCUCAGUGGAGGUGCGUACCGUUCCCAGGGCAGCUUCCAGUCAGCCUUUGACUUGCUGGGAGAGAUGACCAAGGGCAACUGGGAAACACUACAGCUUUUCCACGGGUUGCUGAGCAACACGCAGUUUGCAGCUUUCAUGGAGGUUGUGAUCUUGAAUUUGGUGGAUUCGAAUGUGUUUAUUCGGUCGAUGCUGCUUUCCUCCGAAAAGUUUGCCAAGCAGCCUCAGAGUGGCACUUUCGGUCUUGCGGAUGACUACGAGAUGGACCGCAUGAGCAAAUUCCUGACGGUGAACCUGGUUCGACUUCUUCGCGAUCUCAUGACCAUCGUCACGAUGGAUGACAUCAACCACGAGAAUAUUUGCUGUCUGAACACAGCGAUAGUAAUUCUCGUGUUCCAACAUCGUCGGCAGCGGCUCCCAGCUAUCUUGGAGGCGCUCCGCGAUCACGAGGACGUGUCUGGCAAGCAAGGCUAUGUGUGCGAUAACUUCCGCGGCUUGCUGUGGUUCUGGAUCCAGUACUACACACCGCGUGGCCGAGAUCGUCUCGGUCUGGAACACUCGAGCGAAGUGAAAUUCGAGGAGUGGCGGCAUGUUGUUUCGCUGCUGUGCGCUGAUGACGGAUCCUCUACAGCCUUGCUAUCAGCCCCAGCACGUCUCCCACCGUCGCCGUACUCGCGACUGUAUGCAACCUCUCGACAGAAGUGCACCUGA